CCCGCGGACAACAUGGCGGCGUCCUUUCGGCUUCUCAUGCGGAAAGCGGCUGGUUGUCCAGCUCGGAAUGUGAAGUCCGUGUGUGGAGUUAAAAGUUUACUUUAUUCAGCAGAAGUGUCGACAUGCCGAAGCUACGCCACAGUUUCAGAGGGAAAAAGCGCCCAUUUUGGUUUCGAGACGGUGACAGAAGAGGAGAAAACAGAAAGAGUGUAUAAAGUGUUUGAAAGUGUUGCUCAGAAGUAUGAUGUGAUGAACGAUGCGAUGAGUCUGGGUAUCCAUCGGCUGUGGAAGGACACACUGCUGCGUGUGAUGAAUCCUCAGCCUGGGUUACGCCUGCUGGACACAGCCGGAGGCACCGGUGACAUCUCGUUCCGUUUCCUGAAUUACACACGUGCGGCGCGUGAGAAGCAGCUGCGUCAGAGAGCACGGGCCAAUCAGACACCUUCAUGGCAGGAUAUCUCCAAAAGUUACGGCUCAGAGGGGGCGGAGCUUCCAGAAUCCCGAGCGGUGGUGUGUGACAUCAAUAAAGAAAUGCUGAAGGUGGGGAAAGAGCGGGCGGAGAACGCAGGAAUCACCACAGGUUUGUCAUGGGUAGUAGGUGACGCCGAGGAGCUCCCAUUCGACGACGAUCAGUUUGACAUUUACACCAUCGCAUUCGGCAUCCGGAACGUCACUCACGUUGAGCAAGCUCUGCAGGAAGCCCUGCGUGUGCUUAAACCAGGUGGACGCUUCAUGUGUCUCGAGUUCAGCAAAGUGUCGAACCCUCUCCUGUCCAGGCUCUAUGAUGCCUACAGUUUCCAGGUGAUUCCGGUUCUCGGUGAGGUGAUCGCAGGAGACUGGAAGUCGUAUCAGUAUCUGGUGGAGAGCAUCCGCAAGUUUCCGGAUCAGGAAACGUUUCAAGAAAUGAUUGAGGAUGCUGGUUUCUGCCGAGUGCAGUACAUUAAUCUCAGUGGAGGAAUCGUCGCUCUUCACUCAGGGUUCAAGCUUUGAUGGAUGUCUGUCACACAUGGAGCUUGCGAUGUAGACACACGGAGGAGGAGACGAGUUGAUGUGGAGACGUUCGGCAACCACGACGGACACAAUGCUGCAUAGCUGUGUGCAAACUCGUAAUACAGAGACACAACGGAAAUCAUGGCGAGUCAUCGGUCAGGUUUAAAGGAGUAAUUUGGCAAAAAAAUUAAUCUCCGAUACAUCAGUGUGAAGUUUGCUUCUUUAGUUUUACGCUACUGCUAAGGGGUGUCUAAGUGUGAGCUCAAAGGACUGAAAGAUAAUUAAUUGCUUAAAACACACACUUGCACAACAUGUUGGAAUUGGCAUUCAAAUAUUUAAUUAACACAAAAUUCACUGAUCUAAAUUUAAUUUUAAAUUUGACUAGCAAUCACGGCAAAACAGGCAGAAAGAUAAGAAUUAAAGAGGAGGAGAUUGGAAGUGGGCGGAGCCUUGCUGAUAGCUAGCAUGCACUAGCUAGAUAUCUGAACUCGAGAUCCAAAAAAUGCAUCACAACUGGUGCUGUGAAAAGGAAGAAAAACAACAGGUCUCCAGUUUUGGUGCAGCCAAAUAAAAUCACCGUCGCACAUCUGUACAAUGUAAAUUAAAAAAUGUGACGCACGUUCAUACAAACAGAAACUGGGAAAUGCACGAUGCUGAUUGGUUCAUGGUGUUUCUCACUGUAGGGGCUGUAACCAUAAAUAAAUCAAAGAACCAUGAGAGUGCAGGCAUUACACUCCUUGUUUUUUUUCAUGAGUAAAACAAUAUGAUAAAAUGAA